UACUACACAUUUUAAUUAAUAUUUGUUUUUUUUUGUUUUACUAUUUUUUCGUUUUUGGUUAGUAAUAGAACUAAAUUGUAAUUAGCAUAAACUCCCACUGAUCAAAUUCUUUCAAAACAAGCCGUCUCCUCGGAGACCUGGUGGCAUUUUUGGUGGUAAGACAUGGCGGUGAGCAAUGUGAUCAACGUGAUCUCCACAAACAAUACCAAACCGACCUGGUCCCGCCAGGCCAUACUGACCUGGUGCAACAAGUGCCUGAGCAGCGAUAUACAGAAAAUCGAGGAUCUCUGCACGGGAGCAGCCUAUUGCUGCCUGCUGGAUAUACUGUUUCCCGAUAGCGUCAAUUUGCGCAAAGUGAAGUUCAUCAGCAACCAGGAGAUCGAUUAUAUUAACAAUCUGAUAAUGCUGCAGCAAUGCUUUACCAAGUUGAAGAUCAACAAGAGCAUACCCAUUUAUAAGCUGGUCAAGGGUAAAUUUCAGGAUAACUACGAGUUCGCCAUCUGGUUUCGCCUGUUCUACGAUGCCAAUUUCACCAAAAUGCCCGACGGCUAUAAUGCCAUCGAGAAGCGCAACAAUCAGCCACUGACCAAGGAGCUGGCCCAGAAGAUCCGACGCAGUCGCACCGCCACCACGUUGACGCCCAAGCUGCCCGUUCGCCGGCGCAGCCGUACCCACGAGCCGACCAUGGAGGAGCCGGUGCUUGCAAUCGCCACGAGCGCAAGCCGUCAGCGCAUUUAGAGUCCGGAUUCAGAUGUACAUCGAUUGACUGUGUUGCCAUUCCAUUGUUUUUGUGUGUAUUUAAUGUUGGUCUCUGGCAAUUUUGGCACUUAGUAGCAUAUAUUGGGUACAUUUCGGCAGGAAAAGCUUUUUCCAAAUUGUAAAACAAGUUUGGGCUUAGCAACAAAAACAUAUCCAUUAAAUAUAUAUUUUGUUUAACAAUCAA